GACACACCACCUGUUAUUCCUCCUUCACACAAGGAAGGAGCAACUCAGUCCCAUCACACUGCUCUCGGAGAAAGAAGUGACUUCUCGUCAUGGAAAAAAAAAUCUUUUAUUGGACAUUACUGCUUGGAUUAUUUCAUGCAUCCUGUGGAGGAAUUAUCAUUGUGGUGGAUACCACACCUGAUACAACUACCACUGCUCCACCCACCACACCUAAUUCAACUACCCCAGCUUCAACCGGUGAUGCACCAUUUGUCACAACUCCAUUGACAACAACAACUACCACUGCUUCACCCACCACACCUGAUACAACUAUCCCAGCUUCAACCGGUGAUGCACCAUUUGUCACAACUCCAUUGACAACAACAACUACCACUGCUUCACCCACCACACCCGAUACAACUACCCCAGCUUCAACCAGUGAUGCAGUGUUUGUCACAACUCCAUUGACAACAACAACUACCACUGCUUCACCCACCACACCCGAUACAACUACCCCAGCUUCAACCAGUGAUGCAGUGUUUGUCACAACUCCAUUGACAACAACAACUAUCACUGCUUCACCCACCACACCUGAUACAACUACCCCAGCUUCAACCAGUGAUGCACCAUUUGUCACAACUCCAUUGACAACAACAACUACCACUGCUUCACCCACCACACCUGAUACAACUACCCCAGCUUCAACCAGUGAUGCACCAUUUGUCACAACUCCAUUGACAACAACAACUACCACUCCUCCAACCACUACACCUGGAACAACUACCACUACUCCACUAACCACACCUGAUACAAAUACCCCACCUUCAACCAGUGAUGCACCAUUUGUCACAACUCCAUUGACAACAACAACUACCACUGCUUCAACCACCACACCUGAAACAACUACCACUACUCCAACCACCACACCUGAAACAACUACCACUACUCCAACAACCACAUCUGGAAGAACUACCACUACUCCACCCACCACACCUGAUACAACUACCACUACUCCAACCACCACACCUGAAACAACUACCACUACUCCAACCACCACACCUGAAACAACUACCACUACUCCAACAACCACAUCUGGAAGAACUACCACUACUCCACCCACCACACCUGAAACAACUACCACUACUCCAACAACCACACCUGAGACAACUACCACUACUCCAACCACCACACCUGAAACAACUACCACUACUCCAACCACCACACCUGAAACAACUACCACUACUCCAACCACCACACCUGAAACAACUACCACUACCCCAACAACCACACCUGAGACAACUACCACUACUCCAACCACCACACCUAAAACAACUACCACUACUCCAACAACCACACCUGAAACAACUACCACUACUUCAACUACCACACCUGAAACAACUACCACUACUCCAACAACCACACCUGAGACAACUACCACUACUCCAACCACCACACCUGAAACAACUACCACUACUCCAACAACCACACCUGAAACAACUACCACUGCCCCACCCACCACACCUGAAACAACUACCACUACUUCAACUUCCACACCUGAAACAACUACUACUACUCCACCCACCACACCUGGAAGAAAUACCACUACUCCACCCACCAUACCUCAAACAACUACCACUGCUUCAACUCCAGUGACAACAACAACCACAUCUUCAGGCCCCACUAACACAACAACCCGAGAACUACAAUCACUGGCACACCUGGAGCUAAAGCUAAAGUCUAUUGGAGAGAUCAGCAAAGUGACGAUCAUUGACUCCAUUAAUCAGUUUGUGCAGACUCACGUUCUGAGUGGAACACUCUUCAAUCUGAAUGUGACGAUUGUUUGACAUGGCUUGAACACACACUAUUCUGCAGACAUCCCACUACUAUUUGUGAUUACUGUACCCACAUCAGAGAAUAACGCACAAGGUCUGUUGGGUAAUUCUUGCUACUGUAAAACAUUUUGCUGUACUGUAGAAUUGAGGAGGAAGUUUAAGACACUGUGUUUAAGGUUAAGUUUUACAUUUUUCAUCAGUGUAAUUGUAUAAUUUUUUUUCUGAAUAUUAUUGUAAUAUUAUUUUGUUGUAAUGUAUAAGAACGUUAAAUGAUAUGAAAACUUAA